AUGAACGUUCUCGUUCGCAGGCACUCGCAUUCGGCUCUGGAACGGCCCCUGCAGCGAACUGCCUCAGCGCCGACAUACUCACCAUAUCCAGUGCCAAGUCCGGCCCCGGCAAGGAGUGCUAGUGUCCGCAGCGACAGAAACAGGUCGUUCACCGACGUUACGCUGGUUGCCCGUCCUGAGUAUAUAUGGGAGGGCUACUGCCUACCCGGCCCGUUGGUUCCGCAGCAGCAGUACACGCCUCAUACGGCGAGCGACAGACGUAGAUACGUCGAGCAAGCAGAGCUUCGGCCACCUAUCUAUUUCAAGAGAGUAGAACCGGUGGAGCUUGGUAUUUCACUGGUGGACUGCCUUGCCCAGCGCUUUAAGCGACUUCAGGGUUACGACGAUGAGCUGCUUCAAGACGCUGGGCCAUCAAUUUCCAUUCGGCUGAACUGGGAGGGCUAUGAUCCUUGGAGUCGUCAGAUUCCGACUAGAAACUUUAAGGUCCCUCAAGGUCCAAUCACAAGGAAAGUCCUGGCGAAGAACAUAGCCAAGACGGUCCAGAGGUUCAUUGAUGAACACAUCGACCGUCAACUGCCGCCAAACUCAAAUCCAGCCUGGCAAGUUGGACCGGGCAGAAUUGAAUUCAACGAUGUGGUGUUGCUGAGCAUUCACCACGUUUCAAGAGGCAGUUGGCAGGCCAACCUCUGCCUCAACCAGCCCCUAGAGACGAUCCUAAGCAAAUCAAUGCAGUCUGCGUAUCAUACAUAA